AUGGUACUACCUAGUUUAGAAGUGAUCGCCGCCCCGGACAUUCGACUAUUCGAUAUUAAGGACUUUAAGAAAUGUAAACAUUGCCGCGAAUACUCCCUUAGUUUAGACUAUAAUUAA